CCAAAUCUAUUUUCCAUGUCCCUUAUGCGAAACCAGAUCCACCCCUCCAAAGCCUCUGUGUUUCUAGAUCUACGCUUCUCCAUCACCUGGAAAGCCGUCGCUUGUUUCAUUUCCCCCUGUGGACCAUCGUUAUGCGUUUGCACCUUGGUUGCAACGCUCCACGGCCUCCACCUGCUUGCACAGGUCGCCCAUCACUCAUCCACUUCACCAUUGUUUUCAUGCCAAAAUAGACACCACUUCAAAUCAAGACCUGGCGACCGUGGUUAUCGAUUCAUUGCAGUACACUCAAUUUGGAAUCUAGAUCAUCACCCGGACUGCGCAUCUCGCAAUCAUGUUUGCUAUGCUUGCCCCAAAACCCUUAAAUUCUGUCAGCAGUGCGAGUACCCGUACCGAGAACGCGUCGCGUGCCCGUAG